UUGAAUAGCCCUGCUAUACCUUAAACAAAGGAAAUAACUUUAUCAGGUUAAUUACCAUAUAGACUACGGGCACAGCCUAUAUUAUGUCUGUAUAACAUGAGAAUUGAGAAAGUUGGAAACACCGUACGCCUCAGUUUAUAGCAGGCGAAUGAACUCCCUCUCUCAUUGUCACAUCCACUCUGUGCGGACGAGGUACUUGGCUGGAGCGCGCCCGUAAGAAGCCAGUCGACAUUUGUAACUGUUCUUAAACCUACAUUCUGCGGUCAACUCACUCUGCAGACUUAUUUUUGUUCACUUUGAAAUUAAGCUCCAUUCAUCAACAUCAAACUGGACUCUCGGUGGAUAGUUAUUUACUGCUGUUGACUUUCUUGUCAACUUUCACACACCGUUUCUUGGGACAUGGGUGCGAGGCGCGAUGUGCCAACUUUCCUGGCUCUAUUCACAUUUCUAUUCGUUGCAACAUGUGAGCCAAUGGAUCAGAAAGAUAUGCAAGUCAUUGACAUGCUAACCCUGGACUCCAAGACCAGUGUGUCUGCGGUGCAGAAGGUGACAGGUGCCAUGAGUGUGUUCAGUGACAUCUACAUCGUGUCCACAUUCCGCUUGCCUCCCAAGAUGGGAGGGGUGCUGCUGGGCCUCUACAGCAAAGAGGAGAACAAGAAGUACCUGGAGCUGGCCAUCAUGGGAAAGAUCAACAAAGCUCUGGUGCGUUACGUGAGGGAGGAUGGCAAAAUUCACACAGUGAACCUCCAGAGCACAAACCUGGCUGAUGGUCGCACACACUCCAUUAUUCUCCGGAUCGGAGGCCUGCGCAGAGACAACCUACACCUGGAGCUCUACGUCAAUUGUCGAUUGGCUGACUCCAGCCAGGGCCUCCCUCCAUUGGUCCCUCUCCCCGCGGAGAAGGUGGAGAUUCGUAAUGGCUUCAAGGCCUACGCAAGGCUACAGGGUGCUGUGGAGUCCCUCAAAAUGGCACUAGGGGGCAGUGUGGCCAAAGCAGGUACCCUGACAGACUGUCCAUUCCAGGGGGAUUCAUCAGUCUACAGCACAGUCGGUGCGACUGCAGAAGUGAACUCCAUUCUAGGUGAACACACUAAGGCUCUGAUUGGUCAGCUAAUCAUCUUUAACCAGAUCCUAGGAGAGCUGCGAGAGGACAUCAGAGAGCAGGUGAAGGAGAUGUCCCUGAUUAGGAACACCAUUCUGGAGUGCCAAGUGUGUGGCUUCCACGACCCUCGUUCCCGCUGCUCCCCCAACCCCUGUUUUAAGGGCCUGUCCUGCAUGGAGACCUUUGACUACCCAGGGUACCGCUGUAGUCCCUGUCCGGAGGGCAUGACGGGCAACGGAACCCACUGCCAAGACAUUGAUGAGUGUUCCAUAGCCCAGCCCUGCUACUCUCCAGGUGCAUGUAUAAACACAGUGAAGGGUUUCAGCUGUGAGCUCUGCCCCCCUGGUCUCUGGGGCCCACCCCUCUUUGGGGUCGGACUGGAGUACGCCAACCACCACAAACAGGAGUGUGCAGACAUCGAUGAGUGUAUUGAAGUUGCCAACGCCUGUGUGCCCCACUCCAUGUGUAUCAACACCAUCGGCUCGUUCAGGUGUGGUGGCUGUAAAGUGGGUUACUUGGGGAACCAGACAGUGGGCUGCGUGCCCCGUAGGUCCUGUGCCACACUCAGCUUUAACCCUUGUGAUGCCAACGCCCACUGCAUCAUAGAGCGGAACGGAGAGGUGUCCUGUGCGUGCAACAUUGGAUGGGCCGGUAACGGGAACACUUGUGGCACAGACACAGACAUUGAUGGAUACCCAGACCGCUCUCUGCCCUGUAUGGACAAUGACAAGCACUGUAAACAGGACAACUGUGUUUACACACCCAACUCAGGCCAGGAGGACGCAGACAACGACGGCAUCGGAGACCAGUGUGACGAGGACGCAGAUGGGGACGGCAUCAAGAAUGUGGAGGAUAACUGUCGACUAGAACCCAACAAAGAUCAGCAGAACUCAGACACAGACUCUUUCGGUGACGCCUGUGACAACUGUCCCAAUGUCCCUAACAUUGACCAGAGGGAUACGGACAGCAACGGGCAAGGAGACGCCUGUGACAACGACAUAGAUGGAGAUGGUAUCCCCAACGUGCUAGACAACUGCCCCAAAGUCCCCAACCCCAUGCAGACAGACAGGGAUGGAGACGGGGUAGGAGACGCCUGCGACAGCUGCCCUGAGAUCAGCAAUCCCAUGCAGACGGACAUUGACAAUGACCUGGUGGGGGAUGUGUGUGACACUGACCAGGACACGGAUGGGGACGGUCACCAGGAUUCCAGGGACAACUGCCCUGACCAUCCCAACAGCUCCCAGCUGGACUCGGACAAUGAUGGCCUUGGGGACGAUUGUGACGAUGACGAUGACAAUGACGGAUUCCCAGACGUACAAGACAACUGCAGACUUAUCACCAAUCCCAACCAGAAAGAUUCUAACAGUAACGGGGUGGGCGAUGUGUGUGAGAACGACUUUGACAACGAUUCAGUCUGGGAUCUGAUUGAUGUGUGCCCUGAGAGUUCAGAGGUCACACUGACAGACUUCAGAGCCUAUCAGACAGUCAUUCUGGAUCCAGAGGGCGAUGCCCAGAUCGAUCCCAAUUGGGUGGUGCUCAAUCAGGGCAUGGAAAUAGUUCAGACCAUGAACAGUGAUCCUGGUUUAGCUGUGGGCUACACAGCGUUCAACGGGGUGGACUUUGAGGGCACCUUCCACAUCAACACGGUGACGGACGACGACUAUGCAGGCUUCAUCUUCGGCUACCAGGACUCCUCUUCCUUCUACGUGGUGAUGUGGAAACAGACAGAGCAGACCUACUGGCAGUCGACACCCUUCAGGGCCAUGGCCCAACCUGGCCUGCAGCUCAAAGCAGUGAAGUCCCGUACAGGGCCUGGUGAGUACCUGCGUAACGCCCUGUGGCACACAGGGGACACCAACGAGGAGGUGAAGCUGCUGUGGUCGGACCCACGGAACGUUGGCUGGAGAGACAAGACAUCUUACCGCUGGCAGCUCAGCCACAGGCCCCAGGUGGGCUACAUCAGGGUGAAGUUAUAUGAGGGGACGGAGAUGGUGGCUGACUCUGGCGUGGUGAUUGACACUACCAUGAGAGGCGGACGACUGGGGGUCUUCUGUUUCUCCCAAGAGAACAUCAUCUGGUCCAACCUGCGCUACCGCUGCAACGACACUGUUCCAGACGACUUCAACCCAUAUCGCAAACAGGUUCUGCUGCACAUCAAGGUGUGAGAGGAUUCGAGGAUGUGUGAGUGCUGAGGCAUGUAGAUGAGUAACCUGUCCAGCACUGACUCUCUACACACAAACACUCACACUCACACACACACUCUUACUGCCUCUCAGUACAGAAUUUCAACUGCUGUUAAAAUGUGUGUGACUGUGUCUGCCCCUGAGUGAAAGGGGAGGAGUUUCAGAGUUGUGGUAAAGGAGGAAGAAGAACCUAUUUACAACAUUGUUGUUAUACCAGACUGGAAAAGCAAAAAGGUACUAGACUUUGUAAGAAAGUAUACAUGAUAAUUAAUGUAUGUAGGACUGUGUUACUUCUGUGUUUGAGUUGCUGUCCUUGCCUUCAAUUUCACUGUAUGAACGGUGGUUGUGUGAACGAUAGCAGUUAACCGUUGAGUUUGACUGUUGCGUUAGGUAUGAGUGCUGUUGUUGCUUUGUGUUUGUGUAUUUACAGCUAUCAUAGGAAUAAAUUGAUUAUAUUUUGUGUUUUAAGACUGAACAGUUAAAGGAUGUUUUUUAAAAUCUCAUAUCUAACUGGAAAAUAAAAAACAUAAGCUAGUGUUACAGGGAUGAUGGGAAUUUGAAAAAUACUGUACAUCCUCUGAAUAUGAAACUCCGGGUAACUCUGUCAUGACCAGAUAAUGUCAUCUCAGCAGCAAAAUACAGAUCUGUCACAAGAGACUGUAGACUUGCAGUUAUUUAGCCUUUAAUAGUGGCAUUAUGUCCCUAAUUUGAAUAAAUGUGGAUCUCUGUGGAUUCUAGUGUACUUUCCUGGGCAUCUGAUUCUGUGCCCAGUAAUUGAAUAUGAAAUAAAGCCUUAUUGGAUGUGUUUCUUUAAGUCAUCUUUAACUGAUUAGUUAAACAGAAGCAUAAACAAAGAGCAACACAGUCUUUGUCCACAAAAAAUAAUAAACAAUUGAAUUGCUUAAAAAUAUGUUUAUUUGACCUUUGUGAUUCUGUACACAACAAGAAUGCUAAUGAAUGAUACGACUAAGAGAAAAAACUGUCAAGAGCAACUGUGAGUGUGCACUGCUGUUCCGAGGUCAUCCAGUCAGUGAAGUAUGUGGUGACACUGGUGCUAACUGUAUCUAAUCGUUGAGUGCUGUGGUUGUCAUCAUACCUCCCAGGAGCAGACAGACCCCAGGGCUCAACUGACUGAACUGCCCAGUCUGUCUCCACUGUCUUCUUCUCUGUUCCAUAUUAAUAGCCAGUCAUAGAAAUCCAUAUACAUUGUACAGAACUUGCUAUAUUUAAUAUCAUAUAUUAUGUGUCACAUAGCCUAAUUACGUUAUUCUUAUGUCGGUGUAGUAACACUGUAAUAACUCAAUGAUGACACUGUAUUUUAACAUGUUACAUUGUAACUUGCUUUGUAAUGGAGUUGAGCAUUUUUGCUACCACAUAAUUGAAAUAAAGCCUCUUCCC